CCCCAGUGAGGUUUCUUCCUCUCUAGGGUUAUUUUUGUCCCAGACUGAUGUAGGAGUCAUUUCACUGUGUUUCAUCACCUGUAGUCAACAUCUUCAAAGGCCUUUUGCUUUUUUUCUGGGUUUGAUGCAUACAUUUCACACCUAAACCCUUUCAUCUCUGGAAUCCUGAGGAUGGCUGGRUUUUUUCAUUUUGUUUAUAAUUGCUUAAACAAAUCAGCGUCACCAUUAGGCAUCUGGAAAGUAUCGGUAAGGGACGAAAGAGAAUUGUUUCACAAGUCUCUACCUGAUAUCUUKAAUGCUACACAUGGAAAGAGUACGUUUGAGUUGUCGCCUUCRGAAACAUCCAGAGAUUUGCAUCUGCUUUUUGAAGACUGUUGUAAAAUACUUSAGAAAAUCUGUCAUUAUUCUGGCAUUUAGCAAAAAGAAAGAAUUUUAUAGCACUAACUUCUCCUGUAAAGGAAUAGAUAUGCUUUUUGUUUAGUUUAUGCAAACUUCAAUCUGUACUUCUGAAUAUGAGCUGGAUCUACUUGUAUUGUACGAUUAAUUGAGGUUACAUAUGUUUAUUGUAAUGCUUAAAUAAAAAAAAAAAAUUGAAUUGGGCUGAACUGAAUAUGCUCUUUCAGGAUAACCUGCACUGACACUGUUUAUCUUUGAAUACAGUUGACAUCAAUGCUAUUUUUAACUCUUUGGUGACUGAGUCUGGUUGAUGAUGUUACAGUCAGUCUAAAUUAGCUAUCUGGAGGCACUGCAUAAACCUGGGUGUGACUCCACCUUGUAUUCUACCACUUCCUCUUAACCGCUCAGAGGCAGGAAGCGAGAAGAGACAGAAGAGGAAGAAAGGCUAAAGGGGUAGGGCCUGCUGCUUUCAGUUAAACUACAAAAAAUGUGAAAGAGAGAAGUUUAGAAGAGAGAUAAAAAAGGAAUAGAAUCAAGCAACAUUUGUGAAAGUGGUUCUUGUAGAGCAGACUACAUGAAAUCAUGGCUCCUUGGACAAGGACUACUACAGAGCGGUAUGGUGUAGUUAAGUGGAACUUUGUUGGCAAAGGGGAGAAGCAACUGUCCCUGGAAGUAGGAGACACGGUGCACAUCCAGGAGGUCUGUGAAGGGUGGUACAGAGGAUACCUGACCAGAAACAAAGCCCAAAAGGGAGUUUUUCCUUCAAGUUUUAUCCAUCUGAAGGAGGUCAGCAUUGAUAAACGAGGAGAUGAGGAAAUUGUGACRUCUGCUGAGAUGCCUUUGGUGAAAGAGGUGACCACCACACUGAGAGAGUGGGGCACCAUAUGGAAGCAGCUGUUUGUGAGCAACAAGCAUGGACGUGUGAAACAGGUCCAGAGGCUGAUGUGGGACUUGAUGGAGUGGCGUUCCCAGCUCCUAUCUGGGACUCUGCCCAGCGACGAAUUUAAGGAGCUCAAGCAAAAAGUUACUUCUAAGAUUGAUUACGGCAACAAGAUCCUUGAGCUGGACCUGGUUGUUCGAGACGAGGACGGGAACAUCUUGGACCCUGAGCAGGCUAACGUCAUCAGCCUCUUCAGAGCGCACGAGGAGGCCACAACCAAAAUCAAUGAACGCAUCAAAGAAGAGCAGUCCAAUAUCCAGACAGACCACAGUGGGAUCUCGGCACGAAUUCAGUCGUCCCCCACCCACAGCCUCUACGUCUUCGUCAGGAACUUUGUGUGUCGCAUUGGGGAAGACUCUGAGCUUUUCAUGUCCCUCUAUGACCCAGUCAAACAAACCAUCAUCAGCGAGAACUACUUGGUUCGCUGGGGCAGCAGUGGUUUUCCAAAAGAGAUCGAGAUGCUGAAUAAUCUGAAGGUUGUCUUCACAGACUUGGGGAACAAAGACCUGAGCAGGGAGAAGAUUUAUCUGAUCUGUCAGAUAGUGAGAGUGGGCAGGAUGGACUUGAAAGAAACAAACAACAAGAAGUGCACUGUGGGCCUCCGCCGGCCUUUUGGGGUGGCAGUGAUGGACAUCAGUGACAUCAUCAAAGGGAAGCACGAAAGCGACGAGGAGAAGCAAUUUUUCAUUCCCUUCUUCCCGGUAGUGGCUGAAAAUGACUUUCUCCACACCUUGCUGAACAAAGCGACAGCACUGCGAGGAGACAGUGGCGGCCAAGGAUUAUGGGUCACCAUGAAGGCUCUGGUGGGCGACAUAGUUCAGAUUCGAAAAGAAUACCCCCACCUGGUGGACCGCAGCACGGUGGUWGCACGCAAGCUGGGCUUCCCGGAGAUCAUUAUGCCAGGAGACGUCCGGAACGACAUCUACCUCACCCUGCAGGGCGGCGACUUUGACAAGUACAACAAGACGACACAGAAAAACGUCGAAGUCAUCAUGUGGGUCUGUGACGAGGAGGGCAAAGUCAUACAGAACUCCAUCUGUCUGGGAGCUGGGGAUAAAGCGGUCAGUGAAUACAGGUCCGUCAUCUACUACCAGAUCAAACAGCCCCGCUGGAUGGAGACCGUUAAGGUGACAGUCCCUCUGGAAGAAAUGCACAGAAUUCAUCUGCGUUUCAUGUUCAGACACCGCUCUUCACAGGAGUCCAAGGACAAAAGUGAGAAAAACUUUGCGAUGGCAUUUGUACGUCUGAUGAAAGAAGAUGGGACAGUUCUUCAGGAUGGACUGCAUGACCUUAUUGUCUUUAAGGGAGACAGCAAGCGCAUGGAGGACGUGAACUCAUACUUGUCCUUGCCCUCCACCCGCUACCAUCACAGCGACGCCCACAAGGGGGCAGGACUGAACCGCAGCGCCAGCAGCGUGUCUGGGGGUGGAGGCCUGUCAGUGAGCUCCAGAGACAGCUUUACCAUCUCCACCCUGGUCUGCUCCACUAAACUCACCCAAAACGUGGGUCUAUUGGGGCUGCUCAAAUGGAGAACCAGGCCUGACAACCUGAAAGAAAACCUGGAGAAACUCAAAAUCAUUGAUGGCGAGGAGGUGGUCAAGUUUCUGCAGGACACUCUCGACGCCUUGUUCAACAUCAUGAUGGAGCACUCUCAGAACGACGACUACGACAUCCUUGUGUUUGACGCCUUGAUUUAUAUCAUCGGUCUGAUCGCUGACAGAAAGUUCCAGCAUUUUAACACAGUUCUGGAAGCCUACAUAAAGCAGCAUUUCAGCGCCACGCUGGCCUACAAAAAGCUGAUGUCGGUGUUGAAGCGGUACCUGGAUGUGUCUAGCCGUGGAGAACAAUGCGAGCCCAUACUGCGAACCCUCAAAGCCCUCGAGUACAUCUUUAAGUUCAUUGUUCGAUCACGGAUGCUCUACUCCCAGCUCUACGAGGGGAAGGAGCAGGCUGAGUUUGAGGACUCGCUGAGGAGGCUUUUUGAGUCCAUCAAUAACUUGAUGAAAACCGACUACACCACCACGCUCCUGCUCAGGGUUGCCGCUCUGAAGUACCUGCCAACAGUACUGCAUGACGUCGAGAAAGUUUUUGAUGCAAAACUCCUCAGCAAACUGCUGCACGACUUUUAUUCCUGCAUCCCGCCUGAAAAGCUCCAGAAACAGAAAGUUUCCUCCAUGACUGAAAUCGUCAGCAGCCAGCUCUUCCAGAAACAAGAAUGCCGCGACGUGUUGUUACCCAUGAUGCUGCGGGAGCUGAGUGGUGCACUGGCCAGCAUGGCUGAUGGCCCUCACGACGAGAGGAGAAACAGUUUGGAGCUUCUCAACAAUAUUCUGGAAGUUCUCAGCAGAAAGAAUGCCGGAGAAACGUUUAAACAUAUCCAGGACAUAGUGGUGUCUCUGCUGCGGAUAAUCAACCGAACCGUGAUCACRAUGGGCCGAGAGCACGCCCUGAUUUCGAGAGUUGUUGCCUGCAUGACAGCAAUCCUGAGUCAGAUGGAUGAUCGUCAUUAUGCCACGUACAUAGAAACCUUUACUGGAACUACUGAUCUAGUGGACUUCCUGAUGGAGUCCUUCCUGCUUUUCAAGGACCUGAUUGGGAAACAUGUAUAUCCCUCUGACUGGAUGGCCAUGAUCAUGGUGCAGAACAGGGUGUUCCUGAGAGCCAUCAAUACCUACGCUGACACAAUGAACCAAAAGUUCCUGACUAAUGAUGACUUCGAAGUGCAGCUGUGGAAUAACUACUUCCACUUGGCGGUGGCGUUUAUCACUCAAGAGUCUCUGCAGCUUCAGCAUUUCUCUCCGACCAAAAGGAACAAGAUUCUGGUCAAAUAUGGAGAUAUGAGAAGGCUCAUUGGCUUCGCUAUACGUGACAUCUGGUACAAACUUGGAAGUCAUAAGAUCUGUUUCAUCCCUGGUAUGGUGGGUCCAAUCCUGGAGAUGACUUUGAUUCCUGAGGAGGAGCUGAGAAGAGCCACGAUCCCCAUCUUUUUCGACAUGAUCUCCUGCGAGCAUGUCCAGUUUGGAAACUUCCAGAAGUUUGAAAACGAGAUAAUCUUGAAGUUGGAUCAUGAGGUGGAAGGUGGAGGAGGAGAUGAACAAUACAUGCAACUUUUAGAAACCAUCUUGUUGGACUGCGCAGCUGAGAAAUCCACACUGAAGCCACAGGUGCAGCACUUUGUCUCUUUGGUUAAGGGUCUCCUGACUCGUCUCCUUGACUACCGCACCGUGAUGAGUGAUGACAGCCGCAACAACCGCAUGAGCUGCACUGUCAAUCUCCUGAACUUCUACAAAGACAUCAACCGUGAAGGAAUGUACAUCAGGUAUCUGUACAAAUUACGAGACCUUCACCUGGAGGGCGAAAACUACACAGAGGCUGCCUACACCCUUCUGCUGCACUCCCGGCUGCUCAAGUGGUCUGAUGACAUGUGUAGCCCCCAGUUUGAGUUUCAUGGCUCCCAAACUCAGCGACAACUCAAAGAAACGCUCUAUGACACCAUCAUCGACUACUUCGACAAGGGCAAGAUGUGGGAAGAGGCCAUCACUCUGUGCAAGGAGCUAGCAGAGCAGUAUGAAAAUGAGAUCUUUGACUACGAGCUACUCAGCAAGAGACUGGAAAAACAAGCCAAGUUCUAUGAGAAUAUUAUGAAGAUCUUGAGACCUAAGCCGGACUACUUUGCAGUGGGCUUCUAUGGACAAGGCUACCCUCCUUUCAUCAGGAACAAGGUGUUUAUCCACCGAGGUAAGGAAUAUGAGCGCAGAGAGGAUUUCCAGAACCAGCUGAUGAGCCAGUUUCCCAGCUCUGUGCGCCUUAACACCACCACCAUGCCGGGAGAUGACAUCAAGAACUCUCCACUGCAGUAUAUCCAGUGUUUCACUGUGCAGCCAGUUCUAGAGAUCCCUCCUCGCCUGAAAAACAAGCCGGUCCCUGACCAGAUCAUCAACUUCUACAAGUCCAACUAUGUGCAGCGUUUCCAUUAUUCAAGGCCUGUGAGGAAAGGACCUGUGGACCCAAACAAUGAAUUUGCUUCCAUGUGGAUCGAACGCACCACUUUCACCACUGUGUAUAAGCUGCCAGGGAUCCUGCGCUGGUUUGAGGCUACAGACAUAAAACAUACUACAUUGUCUCCACUAGAGAAUGCCAUAGAAACCAUGGAGUCCACCAAUGAGAAGAUUCUGACCAUGAUCAACCAGUACCAGGCCGACUGGAGCCUCCCCAUCAACCCACUCUCCAUGUUACUCAACGGCAUUGUGGAUCCAGCUGUCAUGGGAGGCUUUGCGAAAUAUGAAAAGGCAUUCUUUACAGAAGAGUACACUCUGCAGCACCCAGAAGAUCGAGAGAAACUUCUGCGGCUCAAAGACCUCAUCGCGUGGCAGAUCCCAUUGCUCGGUGGAGGAAUCUCUCUGCAUGGGAAGAGAGUAACAGACGACCUGCGACCUUUCCAUGAGCGCAUGGAGGAGUGUUUCAAACAACUGAAGAAGAAAGUGGAGAAGGAAUAUGGCGUCAGAGAGUUGCCAGAUCUGGAUGAGAGAAAGUCUACUCGUCCUCGCUCGAUGCUGCGCUCCUUUCGACAAUCCAUCAUCUCCAUCUCUUCACUGCAGGGAUCUGAAUGUGGAACCCCAACCAAGUCUCACGCAGACAGGGACAUCCCUGAGUCACCAAACUCCUGGUCCUCCACUCUGCCCCGCUCCAGCGGCAGCAUGAGCAUAGGUGAGGAGGGCGUGGUGACGGUGGGCGAUGCAGAGGUCAGACUGAGGAAGAGCAAGAAGAAGAAGAAACGAAGCAGCAUGAUUUUCAUCUCGGAGGAGAGAGAAAGGACGAGCACGCUGGACUGCAAACGGCUGUCCAAGAAGCAGGAGUUCCGCAGCGACACCAACCUGUGUGAGCCAAACGCCGAAAACGUGCCGCUGACCAAUGCCAACUCUCGAUCCCUGCCAGCCAUCACAGGUCUGUCUUUGUCCGUGGCUGGUGGGGGAGAAGAGGUGGACGCAGCCAGAGCCAAGAGGGACAGCAAGAACAUGACUCCCUCCGGGACGUCUGACCGAACAGCAGACAGACGCUCAAAGGGCGUCAUUAACCUGCUCUUUAAGUCCAAGAGCUCCAGAUCAGAAGAUCCAAAGCCCAGUGAUCCAACCAAGGACGCUGACAACCAUUUCUGAAAUGUCCUUCGAUAAUCUUCUGUUUGCCUUAUUCAUUUAUCUGCACAUAUUUUACGACAAGGUUUAAAACCUCCUUCCAUAUCCAAAUUUCCACAUCACUCUCAAGUCUGUCUGUCCCUCCCAGCAUCUCUGUAGCUUAGUCGAAUUGAUUCAACCUGUCAAUAAAAKCUUUUUUAUUUUUA